AACGAAUUUGUUGAAGUUGCUAAAAGACAGAUCCCACUAAGAAGUAACGAUUGAAAUUACACUUCUUCCCUUUACUCCUUCGCCACCAAUCAGCGCCGCCGGUCGGCACUGCAAAACUCUCCGCCACCAAUCAGCGCCGCCGCAGCUGACGUCAUUAAAUGGCGACGGGAAGAAUUACCAGGUCUGGAAUUUCCUCUUCGGCGGCUACUCCUACCAAAACCAAUGGGAAAUUGGCUGUGACAGUGCAAUCUGGUAGAAAGAGAAAGUCUGCAAGGAAGGUCAAAACCACUACGAAGAAAAUCGCAGCGAAAAUGGAUGCUUUGAAACCUAAGAAGCCUCCCACAGCUUUCUUCUACUUUCUGGAAGAUUUUCGUAAGGAAUAUCAAGAGCAGAAUCCGGAUGUUAAGUCAAUGCGAGAUGUUGGCAAAGCAUGUGGAGAGAAGUGGAAGACAAUGACAUACGAGGAAAAGGUGCAUUACUAUGAUAUCGCCACAGAAAAACGAGCAGACUUUGAUACAGCUAUGGCAGACUUCAUUAAAAGAAAGGAAAAUGGGGAGUUCGAUGAAGAUGAUUCAGACUUUGAUGACGACUCAGAGUUCGAUGGGUAAAACUGCAACGUUUUAGGUGUAGUGUGUGUGUAGCUGUAGAUGCCAUUACCUCUUUCAACUAUGUAUUUGUAUCAUUUCUUGUGCAUUACCCCCCUCCAAGUUAUUGUUAGGGAUUUCAGAAACAAGUAGUUAAUUAAUUUUUAGUAAUUUUGAAACCAUUUUCGUA